CCUAUUUAAACUAGUGAUCAAUCGAAACAAUCUUUUGAAAUGUCACAUUUGAUUAAUGUUCAAAAUCACCUGACAGCUACUUGUUAUUCUUUUUGAAUAAGUUUAUUACAUUUUCAAGUUGCUCAUUACAACAGUAAUAUAAUAAUGGGUGCAAUAGCUAGUCGGCAAAGGGCCGGUGUUGAAGAAGCUGAUGUGGUACCUAAUUACGCCUACAAAUAUCCACCACCUUCUGGAAACUAUUUUGGGAGCCACUUUAUAAUGGGGGGCGAAAGAUUCGAUACACCGCAACCUGAGGCUUACUUAUUCGGCGAUAACACUGAUUUAAAUUUUCUAGGAAGUCCCACAGCGUUUCCUUAUCCACCUCCCCAACCAAAUGAACCAACAAAAACCUUAAAAAGUUUGGUAAAUGUCCGUAAAGAAUCUUUAAGGUUUGUUAAAACAAAUUUGGAGAACUGUAAAGUGCAUUUAAUUGAUGAUGAAAAUGCUGAUGUAGAGCUGGGGAAAGCUCCACAGUUUAAUUUGGAAUUUACUUUUGAUUGUGAUGUUCCAUGUGCUAUUACUAUUUAUUAUUUUUGUACUGAAGAGUAUACAGCUAAUGGUGUUAGUUAUAUCCCUAAAGAUCCUUUAAUGGUCUCGGAGGUUUACCAUUAUAAGCGUGGAGCAAACCAACAGUUUGCACAACCAACACAUGUUUUUUAUCCCUCUUUAUAUAGUGAUGAUGAGCUUUUAUAUGAUACCGAUAGGAAAGUUAUUCCAAUAGCCAUUCAUUGUGUUGCUGAAAAAGGACCAGAAGAUAUGAGACAAUCUCAUACAACAAUAGCUGUUGUUGAGAAAGGAAUGGAUGGAACACAUAUUUUAAAAGCUCUCAAACAGAAAUUAUUUGUUGAUGGAUUGUGUUAUUUAUUACAGGAAAUAUAUGGGAUUGAGAAUAAACAAAGUGAUAAAUCUUCUAGUGAUGAUGAAACUGAUGAUAAUGGUUCUGAUUGUGUGGUAUGCAUGAGUGAAGUACGAGACACACUGAUUUUACCUUGUAGACACUUGUGUUUGUGUAAUUCAUGUGCAAACACGCUUCGUUAUCAAACAAAUAAUUGUCCAAUAUGUAGAGCCCCGUUUAGGGCUUUAUUACAAAUCAGAGCAUUACAAAAAACGUCAAAUCCCAUUUUACCACCUGUUAAUUUACCAGAUGGUACAGGUGAUAAUAUCCCCCCAGGAUAUGAAGCAGUGUCAUUAAUUGAAGCGUUAAAUGGCCCUUGCGCUCCAAGACAGCCCCCAUCUGCGGCAAUGCCUGACCUUGUAGAAACUCCAGAAAACGAACAGACAAUGCAAGCCGCUCACAUUUUAAACAGACAUUCGUCUAGUUCCAAAUUAGCGAAAGAUAUCGAUUCUGGAACACCGGAGUUUGGAAUGUCUAUAUUGUUAUCAUCUCGCGACGAUGAAAAAGAGGCUCCAAAAUGUCCUUUAUUGGCCAAUACAGAUAUAUUACAUGGUAGGAAUACGGAAAGUCUCGUUAGAAAUCGAACGUCCUCUCGACAUUCUCUUAAUAAAGAAGAAAAAGAGGAGGAUAACAAUAUUGAUGAAGAUAGCGAAGCAGAAAAGUUAUCACCACUUUUACAGCACAAUGUUGAAUUUAUUGGAAGAAAUGCGGCUGGUUUGGCACUUAAUAUGGUUGAUGUUGUGGAAGCCAUUGAUGAUGAAGCAGAAACCGGUCGAGAUGAAAGUGUCCAAGAAAAGCAGAAAGAACGGAAAUCUAGAGAAGAGCGUGGCGACGAUUCCGAUUAUUACACCCCCGAAGAACCACCAAAUCCAUCACCCGCGUGCGAUUUGUAUGAAAUGUCGAAUAAUAAUUCGAUUGGAAGCACGCCCCAAAGGCUUCCAGGAACACCUUUAUCUCACGUUAGCGCUCGAAGUAGCGGCGAUAGUUACACCAGCGGUUCUAGUACACGUCAUUUACUCGCAUUGGCAAAUUUUAACGGAUCUUCUAACGAGAAAGCCGUUAAUAUUUGAAAUUGCGAGAUAACUGGUGUGAUUUACGCAUAUUGUGAAUCAAAGUAAUUGAUAUAUUGAGAAUAUUAUUAAGAGAAAAUUAAUUAUAGGUAAGAAUAAUUUUUUUUAAUCUCAUUUACAAUUUUUUAAAUUAAUACUCAUCGUUUUUAAGAAAUUAAUUUUAUCAAUAAUUUUAAUUUUGGUAAAUGGAAUCGUUUUUAUGGUGAUAUUUAGACCUUUAUUUCCGGUUGUAGGAUAUUUAUGAAUUUAUCAAUUUUGUAUUGAUCUUUAUUUACGUGAUAAUAAAAGUAAUAAAAAGAAAAUUUGA